AUGACCAUGAGUGAGACACCAGACAAAUUAUUGCUACUUUCUGUUGUCUUAUCUUUUUCCUCAUGUAGAGCUUCCUUUGAAUCCUCUUAGAGAACUAUCACCUCAAAGAAGAAGUUUUAAAACAAUAUCAAUGCUAUUCCUAUACUUCCAAAUAAAAACCACAUAAUUUCCACACAAUCCCCACUGCCUAGAAGUGCAAGAGGACUUUGGUGUAAAGUGCCUCUGUGUGAACACAAGUGUGAAUCUUCAGGUCCAUUAUUGCAGUUUAACAAAAAAGGAAAAGCUGAGAACUCAGUCUCAGUUGUUUUACAGACUAGAGGGGCAGUGACCAACACAAGAGUUCUCAGCUUUAGAGAGAGGAGUAAAGGGAAGAGCUCAAAGAAUGAAGGUGUAAAAAUAAAUAAAUAUAUAAAAAGGCAGGCUCAACUGGGGAUCUUUGGUAAAAGUAAUAGGAUGACAAGAGGUUUUCUUCAGGAGAUGGUAAUGAUGAAUCAUGGGAUAAGAAGCAAGGUGAGAACUCAGCCCUGGAGCAGAGGCUGAAGCACUAUCAAAACUUGAAAGUUCUCACCUUUUGUGGGUGGAGCCAAGGGAGGGGCCAACCCUAGAGGGGAACAUAAAGAGACCCCAAGAGCUCAGUCCUGACAUCUUUGGCUGCCAGACCCCAAGGGUAAAGGCUGUUGGAAUAUCUGAGAAGGAAGGAAUCAGAAGCCUAGGAACAUGGAUGCAAGAGACUUAAUUGAAAACCUCAAGGCAGAUCUGACUUGCUCUAUCUGCCUGGGCUACUUCACUGAUCCAGUGAUUGUCAAAUGUGGCCAUAACUUUUGCAGAGUCUGUCUUCUCAGGUGCAGAGAAGAAGCAGAUGCAGCAUUCAAGUGCCCAGAAUGCAGAAGAGUCAUUGAAGACAGUGAUGUGGUGCCUAAUAGGAAGUUGGAGAAUCUGUGUACCACAGGCAAAAGGCUCAGACCUCAUCUGCUUGAGAGCAUGGUGGACCUGUAUGUGUGUGAUCAGCAUGGGGAAGAAGAGAAGCUCUUCUGUGAAGAGGACCAGAAGCUCCUCUGUGCUUCCUGUGUAUUAGCCCCAGGGCACAAGGAUCACACAGUCCUUCCCCUGGAAAUGGCUGCUCACAAGUGUAAGGACAAGAUCAAGCACACCCUGAAUACCUUACAACGAAAAAAAGAAGAAUUUAAUGCUGCAUUGGACAGAGUGAGAAGAAAAGAGGAACAAUGUAUGAAUGAUAUACAUUCUUUGAAUGAAUCGGUUACUUUAGAAUACAGGAAAUUACGGGAAUUUUUAUGUGAGGAAGAAGAGCUCUAUCGACAAAGACUAGACCAGCAAUACACAGACAACAUGGCAAAACUAGAGCACAACAAGGUAAAACUGUCACAACAAAUUCAAAAUCUGGAAAAAAUGAAAAUAGAACUAGAGGAGAAUUUGGACAAGGAGCCCUUGGAAAUGCUCCAGGAUAUGAAGGACACUUUGGCAAGGAACAAGGAGCUGCUCCUCCAAGAACCAGAGGUUGCUUCCUUUGCCUGGGUCACCAGGUCUAUCACUGGCUUGACCAAGAUGCUCAAGAGAUUCCAGAGGGAUAUAAGUUUUGAUCCUAAAUCAGCCAAUCCACAUCUCAUCCUGUCUGAAGAUCUGAAGAGUGUCAAGUAUGGAGAUGUUCCACAGGACCUUCCUGACAAUAAGGAAAGAUUUGAUGUUGCUCUUGCUGUACUGGGGGCCCAGACCUUCACUUCAGGCAAACACUAUUGGGAGGUGAAGGUAGGAAAUAAGACAGAGUUGGUAGUGGGAGUCUGUAAAGAUUCAAUCAGGAGAAAAGGGAGACACUCCUCAUUAUCUGAGGAUUUUUGGAUCCUAGUAAGCUUCAAAUUAUGUAAUGAUUGUUUCCUCUGGAAUUCUCGAGAUGGCUUUUUUAUGAGCCAGCCUUUAAAGAAAGUGGGCAUUUUUCUGGAUUAUGAUAAAAGACAUGUAGCAUUUUAUGAUGCUAUUAAUGGAUCCUCAAUUUGUAGUUUCUCAGACAUGGCCUUUGAAGGGCCUAUUCGCCCUUACUUCUCUUUUUGCAGUGGUAAAGGAAAAAUUACUUUGAAGUGA